AUGUUGGGUUCCGGCAGAUACUUCAUUUUUCCUGAUGAGCUCAGAGAUAGUUCUUUGAGUCCUUCUGACAGGAAGGAUAAGAAGAACCACACAAACAAGCUUCGAGAACUGGCCCUGCUGAUCCCUGUGACCAUGUCGAUCAGAAACAAGAAGCAUACCAAGAAGGAGAUCCUGCUGCGUGUCCUGCACUACAUCCACUACCUCCAGAGAUGCAUUGAUGUGGUCCAGGCUUUGCUCAAGCUCCACAACAGCGAUAGCAAAGGGCUGGGUCGGAACCCAUCUGCCGGCCCAACCCAGCAACACUCCACUCCCUCCAGCUAUCAGAAGUCGCACCUUUGGGGCACCUGCUCCAGACCUCGAAAGAAGUUCACCCGAGUGUCAGAGCGCCCAACCUGGCCCCAGAAGCCUCGCCGCUCUCUGGCUUUGAAUCAGCCUGAAAAUUUGGUCACUGCAUAGCCAGGUCAGAAAGGAAACAGGGAAGGUGCCACCUACCCAAGAGACUUCAGCCCUGGCACCCACCCCACAUCUGCACUAUCCCUGUCAGAAAGUGAUGGAGGAGGGGCCCAGCUGGUGUACUUGGACAUGGCUCAGAAUAUUGUUGCCUAUGACAUCAUAAGUGAUUAUGGUGCAGGGACCCAGGAUGGUGAGCUUGACACUGACAUCAAGGCUCAGAGCAGAGAUCAGAGGUCCUGUUUCCUCACCAGAGCAGAGCCCUAUCUCAGCUCUCACAGGCAGAAGCUAUUCUUGUGUACUUCCAGUGAGACACACAAAGAAACCCCAGACACUGACCCUUGGCUUCCUGCGUGGACCUCAGAAGACAGCCCCAAUGGAAGCCCACUGGCCUCGGAGUCUUCCCAGAGCAAUACCUGGCAUGGGACGAACUACCUGAGUGAGAUCUUAGGACUCAGCUCUUCCCUCUUCAGCUCCCCAAGCAAAAUCCUGCCAGAUCAUGUCCUGGAGGACGAGACCUACUUUCUGACUGAAGGUCUCAUGGAGCCUUUGCCUGCUGCCUGUGAACUGGAGGACCCCCAAGAGAAGGUCCAGGACACACCCACAGCCCCACCUAACUUCCAGUCCUCAGUCUCACUGGACCACUGCUACCUGCCGCUGAGUGAGAACACCAAGGUGCUGUCUAGCUGCAGCUCCAGUUCAGAGUCCACAGACACUGAGUCCCUGUCGGGACAGGAGCAGGCCAACCCUGUGGGCGUACAGACCCCCAGUGAUGAGGACAGAGACGACACAUGGACACCUACCCGACAGUCUUCUGGCCUGCCAGUAGCUGGCAAGAAGACCAAGAAGGUCCAAGCAAGCCAGGGCUCUGGGAAGCUCAAGGAGAGCAGAAAGGCCUGCCCUGGCCAGGUGAAGAAAAAGUGUGUUAAUGGCUUCAUCAUGUUCUGCAGGAUGAACCGGAAGCAUUACAUCCGAGCCUGUCCUGGGACUGCAUCCACAGCUGCCACUAAGGACCUGGCUCAACUGUGGCGAGAGAUGACUCUGGAGGAAAGGAGACCAUACUGCACUAAGGCACGCAGGUUCAGCCGCCAGCACAACCGCAUUGUGAAGCGGGAGAGCUCCAGCAGUGAGGACGACGAUGGGGAGACCCCUAAGCCCUUCUACCAGCUGCUGGCUGACAGGGCCCAAGUGCCUUGGGCCCUGGCUUUACUGCCCUCCCCUCACUGCCAGUGAGAGGGGCAGCCCCUGCUGGGUCUGCCAUCUGCUUAGCUCCCAGGUCCCCCAAUGUUUGUUCCCUUUGGGCCUCAGCUGCCACUGCUGAUGGUCCCCUGCCCAGCCCCCCACCCCCAGCACCAGAGAGGAAGUGUAUUUAAUGACCCAAGGCUUUGUGUUCUGCCUUGUGUGCCUUUCCCACCUGUUCUUAAAGGAUGGGUGUCCAGAUGAAAUGCUUCAGCCCCAUUUGUUCUCAUUGCACACUUCCCUACUCUAGCUGUCCUAAAAUGAAGUGGAGCCCUUCUUAAGAGCAGGGGAGAAGCAAUGCUGUAUCCAGAAUCCCUUUGCUUCUGAAAUUUGAAUUCCACAGGUAUGAACUUCUUUACCUUGAAAACCCAGGCUUGGGAUGUGAUGACCCAU